CGCGAGACUCUAAAAAUGACAACAUGAAGUUUACAAAAAGUUUACAAAUUUCCACAGACCUCUAAUAUUCUCCGCUUGUGUGGGUCUGAACCACACGAUGGAUCGUUUAAUACUAGAUUGGAUUAUGCAGUACUUUAUUAUCGUGUUUUUCUUAUUGGGUUCGCCCGCUGAAGCCAUGAGUAAGCUGGAGAAAAGAGAACUCAAGGAAAUGGUGCUAGAAAUGUUUGACCAUGGAUAUAACAGUUAUAUGCAACAUGCUUAUCCUGCUGAUGAACUGAUGCCUCUUAAAUGUAUGGGGCGUGUGAGGGGCAAACAUCGUUCAAGGGGUGACAUAGAUGAUGCGCUUGGAAAUUUUUCCUUGACCCUUGUGGAUACACUAGAUAGCUUAGUGGUCCUAGGGAAGAUAGAAGAGUUUGAAAAAGCAGUUCGUAUGAUAAUCCGUGAUGUCACAUUUGAUACAGACAUCGUCGUCUCUGUAUUUGAGACAAAUAUCAGAAUGAUUGGGGGUCUUCUAGGAGGUCAUGUUUUAGCUGACCUACUUAAACAAAGUGGUGACGCCAUGUUGUGGUACGACGAUGAAUUGCUCAAUCUUGCCAAAGAUCUUGGAAACAGGCUACUUCCUGCAUUCAACACUUCAACAGGCAUUCCCUUUCCUCGGGUCAACUUGCGUUUUGGUGUGAAUAAAGCCACAUCGCGCACAGGGCAUGAGAAGGACACGUGUACUGCAUGCGCUGGUACAAUGAUUCUAGAAUUUGCAGCCCUCAGUCGUCUUACUGGUGAUCCAAUUUAUGAGGAAAAGGCAAGAAAGGCCAUGAGUUUCUUGUGGCAGCAACGUAACGUAGCUUCGGACCUGGUGGGGACUGUCAUCAACAUCCACAAUGGAGACUGGGUACGACGCGAUGCGGGUGUAGGUGCUGGAACAGACUCUUAUUAUGAAUACUUGCUCAAAGCAUACAUCCUCCUAGGUGAUGAGACAUACUUGGACAGAUUUAACAAGCAUUAUACCUCUAUCAUGCGAUACAUUAACCAGGGUCCUAUGCUCGUUGACGUACAUAUGCAUCGUCCUACCUCUAACUCUAAGAACUUCAUGGAUUCUCUCUUAGCCUUUUGGCCAGGAUUACAGGUUCUAAAGGGCGACAUCAAGCCUGCUAUAGAGAUACAUGAAAUGUUGUACCAAGUUAUGCAGAGGCACAACUUUUUACCUGAGGCUUUCACUACAGACUUCAGAGUGCAUUGGGGCCAACAUCCUCUCAGACCUGAGUUUGUAGAGUCAACAUACUUCCUUUAUAAGGCCACCAAUGACCCAUACUACUUGGAAGUGGGCAAAGUUGUACUGCAGAAUCUCAAUCAACAUGCAAGGGUGGACUGUGGCUUUGCAGCUAUAAAGGAUGUCACAUCUGGGGAACUGGAGGAUCAAAUGGAUUCAUUUGUGCUUGCGGAAACAUUCAAAUAUCUCUACCUGCUAUUUGCUGAAAAAGAGGAUAUGUGGCUUGAUGUUGAUGACUUUGUGUUCACCACUGAGGCCCAUCUGCUUCCCUUAACUCUCUCUGUCUACCAGUACAAUGUCACAAAUUCUUCUUCCAAGAGUGGAGUGAAUGUUGUAUUUGAUGAAGAUGAGAUUGAGAUUAACGUCCAUGAUGAUGAUCCCCAUUUUACCCGCAGUUGUCCCAACACUCAGAUCAUCUACAAAAAUAAUGUCAGAUAUGCCCAACUUGUUCGCAACCCUCUAAAGGACCUGGUGAAUGAUGCUUGCCCCAAACCAAAGAUUCUACACCCAUCACAGCCAAGAUUAAGAGCUUCAGAUUUCCUAGUAGGCAACAAAGACCAGAUGGCUGAACUUCAGAAGAUGGGAAUAAGGCUAGUGACAAUGCAAGAUGGAAGAGUUCAGCUGCUUCAUACAGCUUCAGAGGCGCUCACUCCCAAGGAUGCAGAAGAUGGAAUGAUGUUCAUGCAAGAGAUGAUUGAACUGUCAAAGACUCAACCUAAUGAAGUGCAACAUGAGCCUCGUGUUGUCCAGCUGGUGUCAGCCCCAUACUUUGGAAGUGUCUCAUGGAGUGCUGGUCCUGCACAAUUUGGCUAUGACCUGAAGACAAGCAAACAUGUGGUUGGCAAGGUGACGGUGGUGGACCCAAUCACAGGGUGUGGAGAACUGAACAAUUGGGAUGAAGUCAUGGGCAAAAUCGCCAUUUUGAAUCGUGGAGAUUGUAUGUUCGUUGAUAAGGCUCGGAACAUACAGAAAGGUGGCGCUAUAGCGGGUAUUGUUAUAGAUAACCAACCUGACACAAGUAAUGACCAAUCACCACUCUUUGCCAUGUCUGGUGAUGGAAAAGAUGAUGUGACAAUCCCCAUGGUCUUCCUGUUUAGUAAGGAGGGUGCAGAUUUAAGGGAGGCAAUCUUGGAGAGCAGUGAGCUGGAAGUGUUGCUAGGCUAUGUGGCAAGGUCUGCAGAUAAUAUUAUGGAAGAUAUGCUACAUAAGGGGCUAUCUCAGCCAUUAAAUCCUGAUGUAUUCUACGACAGAGAAAUAGAGGAAGCAACACAAGAGAUCAGCGUAGCCAGUGAAGAUGCACCCUUCAUCGUUACCCUAGGGGAAAAUAGUCUUAAUGUCAAGGGAGAUGGCUACGAAAUGAAAAUCACGGCAAAAAUAAUCCCAGUUGGUAUUAAUCCUGCUACACCACAUGUAACAGUUGAUGCUUCCCGGGUGACUAUAACUCAUGAUUCAGGACUACCCAAGUUAAUCAAAAUUGAUGUUGUUACACGCUUACCUCAUAAUGUCGACAAGACCUCCCAAGGCGCUAUUAAUCAAUUCAAUUUAGACUUUUUGACUGUACUCAACAAAAGAACAAACUUUUUAAGAAUAUUAGCCAAAAGUGAUUAUGACGGUGAGUAUUCCAAUAUUUUUGAAAAAUUGUCAGGCGUCAUAAUGGCGAGAGGAAAUGUUGGAGAAUUAGUACAAUCGACUAAUCGGGUUUGCAUCAAUAAACUUGCUAAUGAACUGGAAUUAACUACGCAAGUAAAAGUUGAUGAUGAUCCCGGAGAAUUAUCUGAAAAUGUUCAUGAGAAAUGGAUGCGGGAGACUAUGGCUGAACAUGAGGAUGAUGAGGAUGUGAAACGUAAUUUGUUGAAGAAUACAAUACCUAAAGAAGUUCUUAAUAAAAUUCAGGAUGCAUUGAAUGAACAAGAGGACAACAUUAAGUUUCGUAUGAAUAAACGCCAGGAGGCAUACAGAGAAAAACUUGAGAAACAUUAUGCAACUGAACUGGAUUUAAAUGAAGCUCAAGACUCUAGUCAACCCAUGGAUGGGACAGAUGGUGUGUUUUCGGAAUACCAUGGCAGUGGAAAGGAGGAGAAAGAGGUCAACAGGGACACUCAAAAACAUUGGGAAAAAAUCCGUUCAGAGAUUCAAGAACGUUGGCAAAAUGUCAAACAAAAAUUAGAGAAACAAAUCAAAGAAGAUGAAGACAGCGAAGAAAUGGCAGAGAAGUUAAAGAAGAUAGCAAAGAAAUUAAAUAAUUUAAAUCCCAACAUUGGUAAUAUUCAGCGUGAGAGAGAAGAAAUAGAAUUAGCAGAAAAAUAUCAAAACAUUGCGAUAUCAAAAGAGCAUAAAGAUAUAUUAGAUACAUUAGAUGAACAUAAAGCUGAUGCUCCAAAAUAUAAAAAAACAAAUAUACGUAUUCAGAUGGAUAGUCAAAACACUCAUAUCACACAGGGCCAUAGAAAAACCAGUGUUGAAGCAGAUACACAAGACUCUAAAACUGAAGAAAGAAGGACUAAGUCUCAAAAUGAAAAUCAAAAACGGACAGAAUUAUAAAACAUAUACAUGUGCAUGUCAAUUGUGGAUCAAAUAUUGCAAUGAUCAUUUUGAAAACGUGAGAAAUUGUGGAUAGAAAAAGAAUCACUGUGGAUUCUUUUUUCAUACAAUACUGAACUCCCGUUAUAUUUCACGAGAUUUAAUUUCCCGAUUUUUUGAGAAAUUAUAAUUUUGCAGCUAUUAAAGGAGCAUGUACAGGUUAUCGCAAACAAUUUCAAACGAUUCUAACUUGAAGUAUGAAUAUUUUCUGAUCAUGAACAUCCAUUCAUUAUCUUCAAGAAAAGUAUAUAUAUUGAUAAUUUAGUUGAUCAGAACUAAGUGAUAUUGAAGGGGCAAUGGACCAAUCAACAUACUUUUUCAAAAAUGUUGACCUAAUUUCAACCAAAAAUGCAACCUUUUAUUAUAUUGUUGAAUGCAUAAUUACAAUGUGCUUUGAGACAUGUUCGAUCUCCUAAAAGGAAAAGUUGAUUGCUCCAGGGACUUUAAAGA